AUGUCCACCCACAAACCCAAUCCCAUGGAGUUCACCAUGGAACCCACAGUUGCUGUGACGCCGAUGGGAAUGUGGUGUGACCCAAGUAAAUACCAUAUCCACAAAAUACUCAUUCAUCGCCACUUUGAGAUUUUUGAGAUCGGGCUGAAUGCAGAUUUUGCAUUCUUUGUGACAUGGCUUUACAACAAUGAUAUACCUGAGCAGGACAUUCGGACCCAUUUCGUUGGCCUUUGGCAUCUAGCUUCUCAGCUAAAGUCCGAAAGCUUCGAGGGGUACAUCAAAAGGAAGGGCAAAGAAUGCUUGGGGGAAUCUGAUUACCUAUUCCUCGCUCGGGAUGUCAACAGGCAGCCCGAUGACCUCUUCGACCCAUUCGAGCCACUGCACCGAUACAUCUUCCAAGGCCUAGUCGACAAGAUUAAUACCAAUGGGUGGGUGGGCUUCAUUGAAAGGUCGAUGGGAAAAUGGGAAGAAUUCAUGAACCACAAGGACGACGCGAUCGGAACCAAGGGAGAGUUCAUUUCCACCCUCAUGUCAUGGCUGGACAAGGAUCACGAUUGA